AUGACACUUGCAGACAGCUCACGUCUUCUGUCAAUCUACGUGAAGAUGUUGGCGUUGUUGGAAACUUCUGAGACCGAUUAUACGAAAGACGUGGCGAACUCAACUGGGGAGGCAGACAUCAAACACAUUAUCUAUCUUCCCUUUCUUUCUUUCUUACUUUCUUUCUUUCUUUCUUUCUUUCUAGCUUUUCUUUGUUUGUUUGAUUGUUUGUUUGUUUCUUUCUUUCUUUCUUUCUUUCCUCUGGUUUUCUUUCUUUCUUUCUCCUCGUUUUUCUUUCCUCUAAUUCUCUUUCUUUCUUUCUUUCUUUCUUUCUUUGUUACGUUUAGAUAUUCUCUAAACUCAUCGCCUGGACGAAUAUUGGUUUGUUUUUUUUUCUUUCCUCUGGUUUUCUUUCUUUCUUUCUCCUCGUUUUUCGUUCCUCUAAUUCUCUUUCUUUCUUUCUUUCUUUCUUUCUUUGUUACUUUGUUUCUUUCUUUCUUUUCCUCUGGUUUUCUUUCUUUCUUUUCCUCGUUUUUCUUUCGAAUUCUCUUUCUUUCUUUCUUUCUUUCUUUCUUUCUUUCAUUCUUUGUUACGUUUGAGAUAACCAUUCUUGCGUCUCUCCUCGCAAUCAAACAGGAAUUGGUUACCUCGGUUGUAACGUAA